ACCAACUCACCAACUCACCAACUCACCAACUCACCAAUGACUCCGUUAGUCGUACGUGUCGCUCUCCUUCGAUGUACGAAACCUAUCUUCUCCUGCUCAUUAGUGGAUGAGCAUAUCGUUCCUUCUGCAAACCACAAGCAUAAUCCUAGCGACGAGCGACGACCAUCGCGAUAAAGAAGAGCUUCCACAAUGAAACUCCCUCUUCUCGCUCACAAAACAGUGUCGAAGGCAAGGAUUGUACACAUCUCCAAGAGCUGGCAGGUGGUGCUUAAAAGUUUGAAUGAUGGUCUUGAAACAAUGACGUUACAAUUGACCUGGCUUCUUCCCUCAACUCGAAACCCUCAGACGAUCUCGAAUUGAAUUUGCGAAGAAAGGAGGGGAUCACUAGUGUGCGUAUUAAUAUUGCAUUCAAUGAGCCAUACAGCGCCCUUGCGCUCGUCGGGGGAUUCAACAGAGGCGCCAGGGUGACCUUCGUGUCACCUUUCAGCAAUGCAAGCUAAGGACAAGAAACAAAACAGCACAGAACAAGAGAAAUCGAAUGGAACAUUCCGCAGCCUCUGAAAAUUACACAGAAGCAUGGAGACACUAUUUGAGGACGAACUGGAUGAGUUGGGUUGAAGAGGUGGAUGACGGCGGAGAAGCCAAUGGAAUCGCAACGGUGGUCGACUGCGGUCGACUGCGGUCGACUACGCCAAACUGUCCACAACCGGACAAUCCACACCAUUUGGUUCAACCUUCAGAGCACGUAGCGCAAAUCGCUGGUACGAUUUGAUGCCAUGGGCUCGUCCAAUCCUUUCGGUGAUCUGUUUUCUUCAGAUGAAUUUGACUCCCAAGGCUUCUUGUAUGCGCCGACCCCCCAGGGACCCGGUCAAGCGAACUCCGUCUCUCCCUUCUCCGAUCAUCACGCGUCCCCCUACACCGAUCAUCAUGAAACGCUGAGAACAUCCACUCCCAGUUUCCGACCUCGACCACGAGCGGAGAAACUGACUCUACUUCAGUUGUCGGAAUGGGAUCGAAAUAAAACAUACGAUGAUGACCCUCCUAUUUGCCUUCGACUUACGAUUGGGUGGAAAGCGACUCUGAAUGACAAACCUUUCAGCCGAGACACUGAGCAGGACGUCGUAUUGACACUCGCUUCGUACUGGGAGCUAUUCUUACACUCGAAGGUAGAGGAUGCUGCGGCUAAGAAGCGUGCUCAGAGGAAGGCCAUGAUAUUGCAAGGGACAGAGGUCACGGUCUCAGUCAAACAACGGGGAGAGCGUCCCCUAAUUAAGCAAUACAAUGAGACCAACAUUGGCUGGGCCGACAUUGAGAAACAACUCAUCAAGUGGGGCGAACUCUUCCCGGGCAAGGAACUGCGAGUGGAUCUGUCUGUCAAUUACAAGGACUAUGAGGAAGCAGGCCGACACUCCGCGGCAGGUUCAUCGAAGAAGGUGGAUAAGAGAUCUGCACGAUCUGCCACACAACGAAUGCGGGCUGAACUCGAUGCGGAGCUCGACGAAGAUGAGGCAUCGGGUAAGCUUGCCACUGGGCUGGGAGUAUAUCACCUUUUCCGAUGUCUUUUAGACUCAUGUAAUGCGCCCAACUACUGUUGGCCGGAUCCUGACGCCGGAGUCCACCGAAAGCUGAAUACUCCUCUACUCAAAAAACUUGUUAAAUACGCCGAAGGCAACCCUCUGAACACUCCGAAUGACGUCCCCAAGGGUCUUCGAGACGAGAUCCGCUUAGAAGAUCAGCAAAGACAUGAUCGCAAGAGAAAAGCAAGAGCAGUAUCUCCUCAAGGUUAUCCUCCUGUCAAUAUCACUAAUUACAUGCCUGGUCAUUCUGAGCUGGCAUCGCUACAGCCUCCACAAGCAAAGACUGAAACCGCAAAAGCAACUCCGAGGACGGUGAGUGCUCUUGACAUUCCAGGCUAUCGCGAUGAUGCAGUCAAGGAUUACGUUCGCUAUCUGCAAGGCAAAGUACGUAGUAAGCGGCAUCAAGCCGAACUCGAAAAGGCCGGCAAUAUCGUGUUGGACGACUUCCUUGAUCUGGACCAAGUCUACCACGACCACAAGCCUGAAUUUUUUACCGCACGAGACGUAAAACUAGCCCCGGCCAUCCAAUUCAUCAGGGAUAUUCCCGCUUUCGUCAAACACCGGCAAGCGAAUGACAGCUGAGUAUGGGACUUUUGAAAAGAAUGACUGAACUUAUGGGAUGGUGUUAAAAUGUUCCAGUAUUGUACAUGUGUUAUUGUAGUUAGGAACCUUCUAGAUCUAGAUUUCGUGGCUUGCAGCAUAUUUAUGAUUGGUGAAAAUCAAUGCCAGCAUUUCUAAAGUGCCCUCUAGCACUUACACUAUCUCUUCCGACUUCAUCGAUGCAUGCU